CUCUUUAUGUAGAUUGUCUUACUUGCGAGCUUGUAGUCUUCGCAAGCUCUACUUGGACCACAAUAAUCUCGGCAAUCGCGGUUUUGUCCUUCUCAUGACGUUCCUCCGAUCCAACCCAUCUAUCGAAUUCCUCUCUCUCCGUAACAAUAACAUCAGCGAUACCGCCAUCCAAUGCCUCCACACCUUCUGGAGCUUUUCCUUUUCCUUCCCGCAACUCGACCUUCGCCACAACCCCAUCAUGCAAUCAUCAUCCUUCGCUCUGCUCCGCUGCAUCCGCCCUCCCGUCCUUUUCUCUCCCCAGGAGCCUCUCCCCAUUCCGCGCUACCCGCUCGACGUCAUUGCCGACAAAGCCUUCCGCGAUUGCUGCAUCGUCCUCCAGCUUCUCGACUGUUUGCUCGCCGUUUCCCGCCAACCCACCGUUCCCGCCAAAAUCCCCCGCAAGCUCCUCUUUUCCCGCGCGCUCCCCACGCACCGAAAAAUCGCGGGAAAACUCAUCGAACAGCCAUCGCUUUUGGCCCGCAGAAUUGACGGAAUUCGGGACUAUUUCCGCACUUCCGAGGGCGUUUUGCCGCUUCUUUGCGCCAAUUUUCGCCUUCUUCUUCGCUUUCUCCUCAGCGGCGUUUCCCUCUACCGCCAGGUUUCCCCGUUUCUCUCUUCUUCGCCGCCCGCCUCCCUCUCCCCGUCCCCCACUCUCAAGGCCGCCGAAACGCCCGGGAUCCCCGCGGGACAGGCGGUUUCGCUGAGCGACGGCGAGUUCGACAGCGCGGCGUUCCUCGCGGACGGGGCCUGCCGCGUGGAGGCGAUUCCCGCGGAAAUCGCGAGCACGGUGGGGCCGGUGCGGCGCGUGGGCGCGGUGAAAAUCGCGGUUAUUCGGCUGUUGGGGGAGGCGAUCGGUAGCGGUUUUUUCCCGGUGAUUGGGUGCGUGGUGGGGUCGAAUUUGAACCGAAUCGCGAUGGUUUGGCGUGAAGAAGAGGGAUUUGAUGUGUAG